AUGAGUAGCUCGAACUCAAAAAAUACCUUCAGGCAAAGAGAGAAUCAGAACAAGUUUGAGAGGCCUAUAAAUAAUGUGUCCAAAACUAAGAAGAGAAGUAAGGAUAAGAAGUUAAAGGCAGGUCUCAAGAGGAUCGAUGAUCAGUAUAAGGAUGCAGUUUCCUCUGCAGCUGCUACUGAGUACCUGCUACCUGAAUCUACGGGUUUCUUGGAGGCUGAAGAUGAAAUGGAAAAGACAUUUAAGGUUAGGCAAUCCGAUAUACGGGACAGUGUUGAUGUGACGACUGCCAACAAGGCCUUAGAUCUUUCGUUAAAGGAAUUUGGACCUUAUUCAGUAGAUUACAGUAGGAAUGGUACACAUCUUCUCAUAUCGGGACGUAAAGGCCAUGUAGCGUCAAUGGAUUGGAGGAAGGGCCAGCUAAGAGCAGAAUUAAACUUAAAUGAAACAUGUCAUGCUGCUACUUAUUUGCAAAAUGAACAGUUUUUUGCCGUAGCUCAAAAGAAGUAUACUUUUAUCUAUGAUCACGAAGGUAUUGAACUGCAUAGAUUGAAACAACACAUCGAAGCAAGACAUUUGGAAUUUCUACCAUAUCACUAUCUAUUGGCAACAGCUGGUGAAACCGGUUGGCUCAAAUAUCAAGAUGUGUCUACCGGUCAAUUAGUCUCUGAAGCCUCCACCAAAGCUGGUCCUACGACAGCCAUGGCCCAAAAUCCAUGGAACGCUAUAGUUCAUCUGGGACACAAUAAUGGUACCGUUUCUCUAUGGUCACCAUCGAUGCCUGAGCCCUUGGUGAAAUUAUUGACCGCAAGGGGACCCGUGACAGAUUUAGCUAUCGAUCGUAGUGGUCAUUACAUGGUUACAACCGGAACUGAUAAGUCGAUGAAGAUUUGGGAUAUAAGAAAUUUUAAGGAAUUGCAUACGGUAAAAAACCUCCCUACUCCUGCUAGUAAUGUGACAAUUUCAGAUUCUGGUUUACUAGCGGUGUCUCGCGGUCCUCAUGUUACACUGUGGAAGGACGCCCUUAGCGCUAGUUCAGAUGCAAAACCAUGCUUUGGAUCCAAGAGAGGUCUUUCCUCAAGAAACACACCCUACAUGCAACAUCUAUUCGCUGGUAAUAAGGUGGAUAAUAUGAAAUUUGUCCCAUUCGAAGAUUUGCUUGGUGUAGGUCAUGGUACCGGUGUCACCAAUUUAAUCAUCCCAGGUGCGGGUGAAGCUAACUACGAUGCAUUAGAAAUCAAUCCUUAUGAGACUAAGAAACAAAGACAAGAACAAGAAGUCAGGACAUUGCUUAACAAAUUGCCAGCAGAUUCGAUUACUUUGGAUCCAAAUGUCAUCGGUACCGUGGAUAAUCGUGCAUCUAGUGUUAGAUUAACCGCUAAGGAUUUGGCAGAGAUAACAAAUGAGUCUCUGGAUAAAAAUAAGAAUCAAAAAGAUAUUCCAGAAGUUAACCCUGAUGUUAGGGGUAAAAAUUCAGGUCUUCGUGGAUUCCUACGUAAGAAGACUCAAAAUGUUAUUGAUGAAAGAAAACUAAGAGUACAGAAACAAUUAGAUAAGGAGAAGGGGGCAAGGAAAAGAAAGGCUGAAAGUAAUGGUGAAGAUUAUAUGGAAGAACCUACCGACGCCGUAGACCAAGCUUUAAGCAGAUUUGGUUAA